AUGGCAGGACACGCCUUCGAGAACUGUAGCCCGGCUUAUGUGGACGGCAUCAAAGCCGGUGAUCGCACCGAGUUCCCCGAGACGCCCGCCUUCACCAAUGGGGUCGCUCCGUGCCGCUUUCAGGGGGACAUUGAAGAGCUCGAGGUGUUUGGGAACAUUCCAAAGUCCAUCCACGGCACAUAUUACAGCAUGGGCGUGGACAAGAGAUUCCCUCCGAUGCAUGAGGAUGAUAUCUUGUUUAAUGGUGACGGGAUUGUAGGGGCAUACUACAUCGCCAAUGGCCAUGUCGACUGGAAACGGCGCUACGUGAAGAAUGACCGUUAUAAGGCCGAGUCCAAGGCCCGUAGGAGCUUGUUUGGCAGGUAUCGCAACCCGUACACCGACGACCCGUCGGUCAAGGGGCUAAUCCGCACGACCUCCAACACCAACAUUGUCUUUUGGCGGGGCGUCAUGCUCGCGUGCAAGGAGGAUGGGCCGCCUUAUGCGCUCGAUCCGGAAACACUGGAGACCAUUGGGCGAUACGACUUUGACGGCCAGGUAGUAUCGCCGACCUUUACGGCUCACCCGAAGAUUGAUCCGGAGACGGGAAAUAUGUUGUGUUUUGGCUACGAGGCUGGCGGGAACGGCAAUGACUGCUCGAGAGAGAUUGUCUUUUAUGAAAUUGGGGCUGACGGCAAGAAGCUUACCGAGGUCUGGUUCGAGGCCCCGUUCUGCGGGUAUAUACACGACUUUGGCUUUACCAAGAACCACAUCAUCCUGCCGAUGACACCGUUGAAGGCGGAUCUGCAGCGCCUGCAGAAGAGCAAAGUACACUGGGCAUGGGAUCCCAAUGAAGACCAUUUCUUUGGCGUGGCACCGCGGAGGAGCCCCAAGAGGGAAGACAUGGUCUGGCUUCGGUCCGACAACUGCUUCCAGGGUCAUGUUGCCGGGGCGUACGAGAGCGAGGGUGGGGACCUGGUCUUUGAUUUGUCCAUGGCCGACGGGAACGUCUUCUUCUGGUUCCCCGAGGACGGAAAACCACCGGUGCCGCCGGGGCCGGGCUCCCCGCUCAGGUCACCAAUGACACGGUACACCUUCCCCGUCGCGAGGGACGGCCGGCUGGUUUCUCCCGAGAAGAGGAUCGCGCCGGCCUUCUCGUGCCAAACGUCGGUCGAGUUCUCCCGCAUCGACGACCGCUUCCAGGGCAAGGAGUACACACAGUUCUGGUCCCUCGGUAUGGACGGCUCCCGGCCGUACGACAUUGCUCGGUGCGGACCGCCUGCCGGAGGGCUCUUCAACCUCCUGGUCCACUACAACUGGAGUACCGACACCGAGAAGGUGUGGUGGCCUGGCCCCACGACGACGCUGCAGGAACCUUGUUUUGUGCCGCGUGACGUGGACGGGUCGCCCGAGGGCGACGGACACAUUGUCGUAGUCCUGAACCGCCUCGACCGGGGCAUCAACGAGCUCGCCGUCCUGGACGCACAGAAGGUUGGAGAAGGACCCGUCGCGCUGGUGCGGCUGCCGCUCAGGCCAAGGCUGGCGUUCCAUGGAAACUUUGUAGACCACAGGGACAUCGAGCGGUUUGAGAAGGAGAAGGAGAAGCUGAAGACAAAUGGGCCACCGGCUCCAUUACCUUGGCAGCAGAAGGGUUUGUGA